AUGCUGGCCGGGGAGAUACUUCUCGCCAGCACGCCGCACGUGUGCGCAGUUUGUCUUGAUCAAUCGCAGGUCUUGAUCCAUGCCAUGAUUAGCGAGACGUGUUCGAAUGCGGUUCUCUGUCAGUUGUCGACAUUGCAGCCCCCCGGCUGGAGGUCACCCGAGCGACAGCAGCCGCCACCUCCAGAACGGCAUGAACCACCGCAGGGCUCGCCCAUCGAGGCGAUCGAGCGACUCUGCGAGAAGUUCCCAGAUGGCGCAGCGCAGAUGGAUCACGCGGUCUCGUGCGACCUCCCCAAGGCGGCAGUAGGCCAGAUCCUCGGCGAGGACGAGCGCUACAAGCUCCGCGUGGAGAGGGAGACGGGCACCAUCAUCUCGGUGGACACCAGCCCGGGGCCCGACCACCUGACCAUCAUGGUCACGGGGCCGCUGCUCUGGGUCUACGUGGCCCACUGCAUGGUCAUGUCCCGAUACCACGAACUGGAGCAGGAGAAGGAGAAUCGCAGGCGAGGCGACGAAGCCUCCGACAACACCAUCUCCCGCGUGGAGGAGCUCCAGGCGCAGCUGCUGGCGCUCCAGGGCCAGCUGGCCGAGGUGACGCGAUCCAAGGGCUCCGCGAAGGGGAGCGGCAGGCGCUGA